AGGUGAAUGAUGCCAGGGCGAACUAGUUCACCGGUUCGCUGGCUCGCGCGGCGAGUGUUUGUGUUUGUAUUGCCGUCGUCGUUGCAUUUUGUCUCCGUUAUUGUUUGAAAAGUACAGUGACUUUCGUGUUUCUUGUCGCACAGAAAAAUGUCAGAGCAAAUCUCCGCUCUAGAUGUAAGUACCCAAAGGACUGAGUCGCCUGAGAACCACAAGCGAAAAGACUACCUGCACUGGGAUGACUACUUUAUGGCCACCUCCUUGCUCUCCGCGAAACGAAGUAAGGAUCCCGUGACCCAAGUUGGUGCCUGCAUCGUGGACUCACAAAAUCGAAUUGUGGCCAUUGGCUACAAUGGAUUUCCCCGAAACUGCAGCGACGACAAGUUUCCGUGGUCAAAGGCUCAGAAGGGCACACAGGAAUUCGAUCCUCUGGAGGACAAGAAGAUGUACGUGGUGCAUGCGGAGGCUAACGCGAUCCUCAAUAGCAACGGAAUGAGAUUGACUGGAACGCGACUCUACACCACUCUCUUUCCCUGCAACGAAUGCGCCAAGCUCAUCAUACAGGUGGGCAUUGCCGAGGUUCUUUAUUUAUCCGACAAGUAUGCAGAGAAACCCACAUACCGGGCCUCCAAGCGGAUGCUGGAUGCAGUGGGAGUGGCCUACAAACGACAUCUUCCACAGCAAAAAAAGAUCAUCAUAGAUUUUGACAACCUUCUUGAUGAGGAUCCGAACGCAUCGCUGGAGCUUAACGGCCUUCACUUAUGAUAAACUAAAACCGUUUUUGACCAUACUUAAGAGCCCAAAUUUUUUAAGUCAAAUUGACGAUGUUAUUUAAAACACUUAGACAAAUUUUGAUAAAAAGGUGCAAAAUGAUUUAUAAAUUAUUCAUGUAUACCAAUUAUUAUUUAAAUCCAAAAUAAAGUGUCUAAAUAAAAUCAUAUAAUAAAUGA